GUCAAAAGUCAGAUUAAAAAUCAAAUGAAGUUUGUGUGAGUCAGCUGAUGUAAAGUGUUUAUUUAAGCAAAUGCCGAAAACUAAAAAAAUUGGCACUCGCCAGUUUUUUUCAUAUAGCGAAGACGACUUGAAAAAAGCUAUUGAAGCUGUAACACAAAAUGGAAUUAGUAGAAAAGCUGCAGCACGUCAGUUUAAUGUUCCUCGAACCACACUGAUCCGUAAAUUAUACUCGCCUGCUACUACUCCUCGGAAAAUGGGUCCAGCAACAGAGCUUUCUGAAGCAGAAGAAAAUGUUUUUGAAAACUGGGUACUAGCAAUGGCUCGCAAGGGUUUUCCUAUUCAUAGACAAAACCUUAUGUUAUCAGUGAAAAAAUUUCUUGAGGAAACUGGCCGAGAAACUAAAUAUUUAUUAAAUAAAACUCCUGGGCGUUCUUGGUUUCAAGGAUUUUUAAAACGUCACCCUAAAAUUAAAGAGAGAUAUCAUGAAGCUGUCAGCAAAGCUCGGGCAGCAGUAACACAAAACCGAAUUGAAGCAUGGUUUGAUGAAAUUCAACUUUUUUUAGAGGAAGAUAGAUAUGAUGAAAUAUUAUUAGAUCCAACUCGGGUAUUCAAUGCAGAUGAGGCAGGAUUUUGCCUAUGUCCGAAGAGUGAAAAAGUUCUAGGCCCUGUAGGCUACAAAGAAGAUUUUUAUAUUAGGGUAUCAUCGGAAAAAGAGCAGAUAACCGUAAUGGCCACUUUUUCAGCAGAUGGCAAGUAUGUUCCUCCAAUGUUGAUCUUUCCUUACAAGAGAAUUCCAGAAGCUAUAGCUAAAUCAGUGCCAGAAAAUUGGGGUCUUGGUAGAUCUGAUUCAGGGUGGAUGACAUCCCAAGUAUUUUAUGAAUACAUUUCGAACCAUUUCCUGCCAUAUUUAAAAUCCAACAAUAUCCAAAGGCCAGUAAUUUUAUUCGUCGAUGGGCAUCGAUCACAUUCAACAAAACAUGUUAGCCAGCUAUGCGAUGAUAAUGGAAUUAUUUUGGUAUCACUUUUUCCCAACACUACCCAUAUUAUGCAACCAGCUGACGUAUCUGUUUUUAAACCUCUUAAAGCUGGUUGGUCAGCAGAAGUGAGAAACUGGAAAUUUCAAAACUUUCCAAAAGAUGUGACACGUUCUACUUUUGGUACUAUUUUAGAAUCUGUUUUUAGUAAAUAUGCUUCUGAGGAAACAAUUAAAAAUGGAUUUAGAAGAAGUGGGUUGUAUCCCUUUAAUAAAAAUAAUAUUGAUUACACAAAAUGCAUACCAAACAGAAUAGUUGCUGCACAGAUUUCUGAUAAAGAAACACCUAAAAAUGCCUUAGAUGUACUAGAAAAUAAAAUUGAAAAAAAAAUACCUUACAGAAUUUAUACAAACAUAUUCAAAAAGAGAAACCUGGUCUGGAGACAUAUCUUAUUCAAAGAUUUAUAG